AAUGUACGCGUUAUCGCAACAUUCUCAAAUAUAUUCCAACGCUACUAAAGCUUUCUAGUAUUAUUUUUAUUACUUUUCACUAUAUAAGAAACAUUUUUUAAAGUUUCAAGUCAAAACCAGCAAGUGAAAGAAGAAAAUUAGCAACUAUAAAAGUGUCGCAUUCUUAUUCAAACUCAAAACAACAGUGAAUCGGCCUACUUUUGAUGCUCGGCGUUUUUCUGUGUGCUCAAAUAAUACACUGAAAUGAAAUUUCAGUACAUUACAAUCUUGGAUUCUUUAAAUAUAAAAUUCUAAAAAAAAUUUAGUUUAAAAAUCAUUCACUGGCGUGAGAUCUUCAAAUUCAACUUGAAACAUUAUGUGGAAUGUAAAAGUCAAACGAAAAUAUUCAAACACGAAGCGUCCCAUCUUCUGCUGCUUACUGGGAUUCUGUAUCUUUCAAAUAAUUCUCGCAAGGCAGUCAUUAUAUGAUCGUUAUCUGAAGCAGCUAGAUGGUGUCAGGGCGGAUAAAUUGGAAGAAGUUCAGCAGCUGGUUAAUGCAUCAAACUUUUUUAAACCAUGGACAAACGCUGCACGAGAUUGUCAGUCGAAGCAUACGGGACCCAUCUGGGAUAACUUUAGAAAAGGAAAAAAGGAAUUGGGUGACUGUGCUGCACAGAAAAAUCCGACGAUUGCGGAAAAUUGCAUGUCAGGUGUGGUUACUGAUCGUACAGCUAAGGUGAAAGGCGAGGCGGCUGCUGCGGAAAAAUGCAUCCAAGAAAUUUCAGGUCCUGUAAGUGGGACACCGUUUCAAAGAACACCACACGGCCAUUAAAAACAUAAUAACAAUUAUUAAUCACCUAUGUCUUGUUCAAGAAUAAAGAUGAUAUAUAAAACGUUCAAAA